AUGGAAGAAACACAGAAAGGAACGCGCAUAGGGCCGCUGCCUGGGGGUCGCCGGGGCGCGUCUGGAGCUGGCGCUGGACGCGGCAGCAUGCGGGCCGCCAGCCGAGCGCGAGGACCUGCACGAUCAUCUAGCAGCCCCUCGCAUCCAUCAUCCCCACCAGAAGGCUUGGUGUCGGCUGGGUCUUCUCGGACCCAGCAAGCGGCACCCGCCGCUGGUGGAGCACGUCGCAUGCGUUGGACAAAAUCCAUGAACGAAAACGCAUUGCGGGCGUACUAUAGGGCGAAAGGGGAAGAAACUGUAGGAAUAGCGUAUAGGUCUCGGAUGCAUUGCUUUUUUGCUGAGCUGGAGUCGUCUAUCCCCGUCACGGAACAAAACCUGGCAGACCGAGUUCGGUACAUCAUGCGCUCGAAAAUAUUUGAUGAUGCCGAACUCGAACGACUACGACGUGAGGCUAUUCCGUCGUCGAAUGAAUCGGCUAUGGCUGGAGAUGCAGCUCCACAUUCGACAGACCAGCAUCCACACGUGGAAGCCACCAUGGAUCUUCCAGUUGUGGUUGAUUCGAACGACGAUGAAAUAGUCUCCCACAAACUAGAGCAAAUGAGGAGUAUAUUGGAAGAGGCGAUUUUGGAAACGCGCAGCACCCCUCUCGAAAAUCGACCGCAACUUCCCCCGCAUACCCCUAAGCAAACGAAAUCUGGCUGUCGUGAGGGCUCUUAA